AUGAAGAUUGCAAACAGUUUUGCAUUUGCUAUACUAUUUUUGCUUGUUCCAAUUUUCGCAGGGCUUGUUGGCGAUAAAAGUGAUGCUUUUGAAGCCUCACAAACUCUUUCAUCAACUACUUUGGUCAAGGACUCUUUGUUUUCAACCAUCAUACCAAGAAAUGGUGCAUCAACCAUAUCUGCGGAUUCUUUAUUUAAUUCAAGUACAAGUUAUUUCACCGGUAAUGCAUCAUCAUCACCAUCAUUGUCGUUAUACUUGAAUGGUACCGAGUCCACAGUAGUAGUCUCGUCCAGCUACGUUACGCAUACUUCUGAUUAUAGUACAACCAUUGUUACUACUACAACAUGCGACGAAGCUGCUUGUAACGAAAUUAUAUACACUACAUUUUGCCCCCUUAGUUCAACGGAAACUACCGUGUAUACAGCAACUAUUACAGGUGAUGAUAUAACAGCGGCUACCAACACCAACGAGGAUUCAGCUUUAGAAAGUGUUUCUCUUUCAACUUUGAACGUUUUUGCAACGUUGGUGAAUACUAAAACUGUUGCAACUACAACAAAUGUGCCUCAUAUUUCAUGUGGAAAGUAUGGCUGCGAACUAACUCAGAUUGCAACAGGAGUUACAACUUAUAUGGUUAAUGUUACCGUGGAUAAUGUCGUGCAAUUCAGUCCCUAUACAACGUUUUGCCCACUUUCAUCAGUGGAAAGCGUUGCCCCAGCUUCUGCAACAGUGAUAACAGCUAGUUCCUGCGAAUGUGUCCUUUCGACAUACACUGCUGGAGUUGAUGUGUUUACGGUCUUGACAACAAUUGAAGGAAGUGUUCAAACUGCAUUAGCCACUGCUUUUUAUCCCUUGACAGAUACAACUGAAGCUGUUAGCCUUGUUUCAACUACAACUACAAAACCAUUUGUUCCUGUAAACAAUGAUGUUCCCUUAUCCGAUAUUGUUGCUACUACAUCUUGCAGUGAUAACAAAUGUGAUACAUUUACUAAUCUCACAAAAGUAAUUACAAUUGGUACAGUUACAGUAACCGAAGGUGGUGAAACAAACACAAACUACUUGGUUUCGUCGGAACCUUCUACAAGUAGCACCCAAUCUGCUACUACUACCACGCGUGCAAACACCCAAAUAAUGAACCUGUCCUCAAGAUCUGAUAAAGAAUUGACUGACUCGACAGACUCAUCAUUAUCUAGUAAAACGUCCCUUGGUAUACCGCCAUUCUCAAUAUUGCUUCCAACAACCACGCCUAGCUCUGGUACAGUGUUAUCCGAGGCUUUCACAUCUUCUUCACCGUCACCAUCUUCAUCCUUGAUCACAACGUACCCGACUUCUAUUGGUGAGCCAGUACACUCCCGCGCUUCAUCAACUUCUUUGGAAGAAUUGGUCACAACUUAUGUAACAUAUACUGCAGAGACCAGAAUAAAAAUCACAAUUACAUCUUGCAAUCACAAUGCUUGCAGCUCGAGUCAAAUUACUACUGGUGUUACGGCCAUUACAACAACAAUAUCCAACGUUGAGGUUGUUUAUACAACGUAUUGUCCAUUAAGUUCAACGCAAACAAUAGUAUUGACUGCAGACCAUACUGAUUCAUCCGCUAUCACAAAGUCUACGCUGGAAGUUACAAGUACAAUUGAAUCUUCAUUGAUCUCCUCAGAAACACCGGCUAGUAGUAGUGGUAGCAGUACUGUGAAUGUUAGUUCAACACGCGAAAGCAAGGUAUCAUUAUUAAGUUUGACAGAGGAGACUGAGGGGCAUUUAUCAACAUCUUAUAUUACAAGCACUGCUGAAUCCAUUGAAAUCAUUACGACUACUUAUUGUGAUAUUCAUGGAUGUACCGAAAGUAAAGUUACUACUACAGGAGUUUCAACUUUUACUACUAGUAGUUUGAGCUCACACACUUUGUCGACCACUUCCAUUCCAUUGACCUCAAGUGCGGUCUCAAUUUUUAGCGUUUCGACGUCUGCUGAUACUACCUACCUGUCAGGACCACAAACAAGCUCAAAAAUAAUUAUUAAUACUUUGCCGUCAAUCUCCCCAAUUUCAUCAGAGACCAUUUCCACCUUGCUGAGUUUGUUUACAUCAAGUGUGCCUUUGAGUCUGUCUUCUUCACCGCAUGUCGCAAGCACCACUCAUACAACUAGCUCAUUAGAAUACCUGACCUCCCUCCCUUCGUCAUAUAUAUUGGACACCUCAAUUACUUUUUCGAAUUCCUUCACAAGCUCGCUUACAACUCAUUCAUCGUCAGAGACUAGCAUUUUCAGUGGAAGUAGUAGUGGUACAGACAAUGAAUACGUCACCGAAUGGUCAACUUCUAUGGUGACAUGUUCAGAUGAAAAAUGCAGCACUACAGCAAAAUCGGUUGCUUCAACUUGCAGUGAUAGUGAUGACAAUAGUGUAGUUUACGUACAGGUGACAUCCAUGGUGACAUCGACGGCCCAACACACUGCAGUGGUUACAGUCACAUCGUGUUCAGAUGAAAAAUGCACUUCCCAAACUUCAACUUGCAGUGAUAGUGAUGACAAUAGUGUAGUUUACGUACAGGUGACAUCCAUGGUGACAUCGACGGCCCAACACACUGCAGUGGUUACAGUCACAUCGUGUUCAGAUGAAAAAUGUACUCCCCAAACCCUCAAUGUCAAGGUGGCCGAUGUCGCGUUACCAGACCUAAACACAGAAAGUGCCUUGCUGCUAUCUUCAAGUAAAGACAAGGAAGAUGAAAAGGUGUACAAGUCUGAAACACUGUCUACACAUACAGAAAAUACAAUGGCAUUAAACAAAAGACAAAUGCCAUUGGAUUACCCAACAACAUCAACAACAACAACAUCAAAAGCUAUUCCGACAUUGCUAGAAACAAUUGUCUCUACUGAAUCCCAAGGACUCGAGUCUAUAGUCGAGUCUACAGUUGAGUCUCCAGUUGAGCCUCCAGUUGAAUCUACAGAGCCUCCAAUUGAGUCUACAGUUAAGCCUCUAGUCGAGCCUCCAGUUUCACAAGGAUUUGAACAUUCAACACUGAAAAAUGGACACAGGGGGGGGAAAGCUACUGCGUUUGCUGCUUGGAGAAAGCUAAAGGCUACAACAAGUUCAUAUGUAGCACUAGAGAAAACUCACGAGAACUCGAAUGAAGCUAAAAGUAUCGAGAAUGGGGGUGAGCUGGAUGAAAAGAUUAUUGAAAAUGGGGUAGAUGGUGAGCUAUUUGUCUUGCAUACGGCAUCAAGGAUUCUUGAAGUUUGGGAUUGGGAUAACCAAGAAUUAGAUCCAGAUCGAGACACUUUACAUUUGAAGUUUCAAGUUCAAUUUAGUAGAGACUGCAAUAUAAGAUGCUUCAAGAUUUUGCAGAAAAAAACCCGUGUCAACAGCAGCGGCGCUGGCGGUGGCGCUGGCGGCAGCACCAGCACCAGCAAUAGCAAAAGCAGCACCAGCACCAGCAAUAGCGUUCAUUUUAUGGUUGCCAUAACAUCUAAUCAGACAUGUGCAAAUAUUGAGGUACUAGAGUUGGAACCAGGUUCUGUGACCCAGACUAGCAGCUUGCAAUUGGGAUAUACUUCUGAACAUUACAAGUUGCUUGUCAGUGAAACGUUUGCUUGUGUAGGCACAAGUGAUGGGUAUAUACAUAUUUUCCAUAUCAGUCAACAAUUGAAGUUGGAAAUGGGGAUCCAAGAUCUGAAAACAUCGACUAUUAGAAAACACCAUCGGCAAUAUUCCAAGAUAAACACUCAUCUAGAGGAUGGCUAUGUUGCAUUCCAGAGUAGCAAAAGUGAUGGGUUACCGAUUUUUGACCUUGUUGAUAAUUGGCUCGUUUAUUCACCUGUACAAGCAGAAUAUCGAUACCUAAAGACUGUGAAUCAAAGUGAUCAAGACGAUCAUUAUCAUCGACAGCGAAACUUGAGUGACCGGUUGGACCCAGUGAUUGUAAAUUACAACCAAGAAGUUACUCCCGAUAAAAUUUCCAUAUAUACCCCAAUGAAGCUUCCUGCGUCUGCUCCAUUAUAUAAUAAGAUACUUGAGACAUUAUCGAAAACCGCAGUAGACGGUUUACUCAAAUUGUCGGAAUUCUCAUCAGCAAAGUAUAAGGACUAUAUGGCUAAUAAUUUAGAGUUGAACAAAAUCAGUAAAUCGGUUGGUAAGAGCUUGUACGAAAGCUUGCAAAAAGGCUCUGAGAUUAUGAAACCAAGCGAUAAUCAAGUUUUAACGAUAUUGGAUUUGAAAAAUGACAAAUUUUUGGGAACUUUCAAAGCUCCUGGCGGAGUCUCUUGUGUGUCUAUGUCACCAUACGACUUGCAAUUGGUCACUGUCAAUUACCGUGGAGACUCGUUAUAUAUGUGGGAUUUAUUUCGACUACCCUUGGAUGUGUCCUUGGUUGGAAAGUUUACAAGAGGUCAAACUUCUGCCAUUAUCAAAGACAUUUAUUGGUUCAACACUGAAGAGUGGGGUGGUUCUCAUUUGGGAUUUGGGUGUGUUUCGAAAUCUACAGGCUCGGUGCAUUGGUUUUGUUUAAACUAUCUGAAGGACGGCAAUUCUUCGAAAGCUAGGCGCAAGUUGUCACUGCGAAAAUACAAUAAGCUGAACAGCAAAAGAGUAUUAAAUCUGUGGACGUUAUCGUCCUUUGGAGCAGAGAAAUUUGUUAAUGUUUCCACAACGCAACUAGGAGUUGUUGAUAAAAAUGGUCUUUUGAAGCUUGUUGAUACUUUGAGUGGUGACAAUUUUUACGAGUAUAAGAUACCUGCUUCGGCAGUAGAGGAGUUUGAGUCACCAGAAAUUGUGCUGAAUGCAAAUGUCGAUAAGACAUUAAAAAAGAAGGAAAAGAAGAAGAGAAAGGAGGAAGAGGAGGAGGAGAAGGAAGAGGAGGAGGAGGAGGCGGAAGAGGAGGCGGAAGUAGUCAUGACGAAGGUUGUUAAUCCGAUAUCUCAAGCCGAGAUUGAGACUUGUCCUCCGUUCCUAAAUUUCAUAAACCGUGAGAACAUUGAGUUUGCAACUUACAAGUAUCGUAAAGAGGACUUUUAUGAAUUUGGUAAGGAGAUACAUACGGAAACUAUAGAUUUUAAAAAGAGUAAGGGAAACAAGUUGUUGGUCAAGCAUUCAAAUGCAAAAAGCACUCCUAAUGAUAAAGAGGAACAGUUGCCGAAUCUAUACCAGCUACAUAUAGAUCAAGAAGAUAACGACGAGGAUGAGACUUUGCUUUAA